AAACACAGUUAAAAAGUUUGUUACCAUUUUGCAUUUGAGGACCUUAUAUAAAUUUGUGACAGAACAUUCUAAGAUGAAUGCAAUUGAGAAUUAAAAAAGGACUUGUCCAAGCUGUCCUUCCUUCAGAGCACUAGCAUACAGAUGGCAGGCAAUUCUGCAGACUUUGACACAUCCAGUGUUGCUAUCAACAGGACGCCUAGGACUCGCACUCUCACUAAUUCAUCAGAAAAUGAGCCGGUGGCAGUUUGGGGGAGGCACAUUAACAAGUCCUAUGGGAAACUGAGAGUGCUAAAGGAUCUCGAUAUAACAGUUCCAAAGGGAUGCAUUUAUGGUUUACUGGGCCCAAGUGGCUGUGGAAAGACGACGUUGCUGCGAUGCGUGAUCGGUCGACUGCACAUGGACAGCGGCCAUCUUGUCGUCCUUGGAGACAGGCCGGGGUCGCGGGGUCACAAGGUGCCUGGAAGCCUGGUGGGGUACAUGCCACAGGAGACGGCCUUGUUCCCAGACCUGACUAUCGCCGAGACGUUGCAGUACUAUGGUCGGCUACACGGCAUGGACAGCGAUCACAUUAAGGCUCGUACAGACUUCCUCAUAGACUUCCUGACCCUGCCUGACAAGUCACGGCUGGUGGGACAGCUCAGCGGAGGCCAGAUGCGUCGUGUAUCAUUUUGUGUAGCCCUGCUACAUGAACCAGAACUGCUGAUCCUCGAUGAACCCACAGUCGGAGUGGAUCCCCUACUCAGAGAAAGGAUCUGGGACCAUCUGAUCAACAUCACCAGCCACAUGGGCAACCACACGACCAUCAUCCUUACCACCCAUUACAUCGAGGAGGCAAGACAGGCUGGCAAGGUUGGCUUUAUGAGAAAUGGAAGAAUUUUGGCUGAAGAAAAUCCCAUGAAAAUUAUUGAAAAAUUUCACCUGAAUAGCUUGGAGAGUGUCUUUCUCAAGCUGUGUGAGGCGGACAAAGAGGGAACCCCACCCGAUCUGGCCUUGCCUAACAACCAGUUCUCAAAGUCGAGCCUGAACGAUGAAGAAACAGUUCCCGUCUGCAAUGGAGACGACGUCCCCCUGCUUGGAAGCGUGUUAGAACCCACAGUCACCCACAGCAAGUGGGCUUGUCCUGUGGGUUUGCCCAGUGGGCGCAACAUCGCGGCGCAGUUCAUGAAGAAUCUGCACAUCAUGCGACGAAAGAUAGGGUUUCUGCUGUUCCAGUUCAUGUUGCCAUUCGUCGAGAUACUUUUGUUCUGUAUAUGUAUCGGCAACGACCCUUUUGGGCUUCACUUGGCCAUUGUGAACGAAGACACCGGGGGUCUGGGUCAGAGAUACCUUCAGGCCUUGGAUAAUCACUCCAUUAUCCAGGUAGAUAAUCACUCCAUUAUCCAGGAGAAUUAUACGACGCAGGGUUACAGCGCAGCCUAUGACUCAGUGCGGAAUGGCCACACAUGGGGUGUUAUACAUCUCAAGGCAAACUUUACUCAGGAUCUCAUUGAAAGAUUUUCCAGUAUAACCAAUGUCAGCGACUCAGUGAUAAAUGGCAGCUCAGUCCAUUUGCAGAUUGAUUCAACAAAUCAACAAAUUGGCUUUUUGCUGCUCAAAAAGAUCUCGGAUGCCUUUCAAACUUUUGCGGGAGAGUUUUUCACCGAUUUUAAACUUAAUCCCAGACUUGCAAGUUUACCUAUAGAGAUAGACCAGCCUGUGUAUGGAAAUUCGGACGCUACUUUUCGUGACUUCAUGGCGCCAGGUGUCCUUAUUUCGGUGACGUUUUUCCUGGCAACUGGUUUGACCACUCUGGUGUUUGUGGUGGACAAGAAAAUGGGCCUUCUUGACCGCUGCCUGGCCUCAGGCAUGGCUACAUUUGAGAUAAUGCUAGCCCAUAUGUUUACUCAGAUGCUAAUAGUGGUGGUCCAGAUUGCAGUGCUUCUCUCAGUGGCUCUGCUGAUAUUCAAGGUGCCUUGUCUAGGACCACUGAUAUGGGUGAUUCUACUUCUGUUCAUACAAGGUUUCCUUGGCAUGUCCUUAGGUGUUCUCUACUCGGCCGUUUGCAGUGAUGAAAACUCUGCCAUACAGUUGGCCCUGGGAUCGUAUUUCCCUCUUCUGCUUAUAAGUGGUAUCUUAUGGCCCCUCGAGGCCAUGCCUGUCUGGCUGAGGAUUGUGGGAUAUAUUUCACCGAUGACCUUUGCGUGUGAGGGCAUGAGAUGUAUACUAGCCAGAGGUUUGGACAUAACUUUCUACGCAGUCUGGAGGGGCUACCUUGUAUCCACCGGCUGGUGUGCUUUCAUUAUUAUACUGGGUGGUAUAAUUCUUAGAGUGCGAGAAUAAUUGUUAAACUCAAUGGUAUAAUUCUUAGAGUUCCAGAAUAAUUGUUAUACUAGUAGGUAUAAUCAUUAUAGUGUGAUAAUAAUUGUUAUACUGGGUGGUAUAAUCAUUAGACUGCAAAAUAAUACUUAUUUUAGGUGGUAUAAUUCUCAGAUGACAAUACAAUUACUAUAUUACUUAGGGUGCAAGAAUGAUUUUUAUACUCUUUUGUAUAGUUCUAAGGCCAUGACAAUAAGUGUUAUACUUUAUUUUAUAUUUCUUAAAAGUCCAGUUAUAAUUUUUAUUCACUAUUGUAUAAUUUUUAGAACACAACAAUACUUUUUAUACUUGGAAAUAUAACUCUUAGAUGAAAAUAAUUAUUUUUAGCUCGGCUGUUUUCGGAGCAAACCCAAGGUAUUGUCAAAGCCAGCUUGUCGUCCGGCGUCGCGCUUAAACCUUUACAUUUUGUUAACCUUUUGAACAUUGGCUCUAAAAUCAAAGUUCUUCCACCUACAAUUUUGAAACUUCAAAUGUAGAUGCACCUUGAUGAGUUCUACCCGCCAGACCCUUUUUGGGGUCACUAGGUCAAAGUCACUGUGACCUUAAAAAAAAUAAUUCUGACAAGCUUUCAUUUAUUCAAAACUGCACCCGCAGCCGAUCGUUGGCACCCGUUAUGCAGUGCUCUUGUAAUGUUAUGUGGUACAAUUCUAGGGCUGCAAAAAUAUGCAGUAGUAUAAAUAUGCACACAAUACAAGUUAUACUCUGUUAUACAAUUCUAAGAGUACAAAAAUACUUGUUAUACUCUGUUGUUCAAUUCCAAAACAACAACAAUACUUGAAAUACUAUUUUGUUUGAUUCUAAAACAACGACACUACUUGUUAUACUCUGUGGUAUAAUUCUCAGACUACAACAAUACUUUGUAGACUAGUAUUAUAUAGUGAUUGUUAUACUUUGUGAUAUAAAUCUUACAGGGUACAUGAUAAAAUGUUAUUCUUGGUGGUGUGAUUCUUAUAAUACAAAAUGAUUAAAUUUUAAGGUUAGUUUCAUUGUAAAAAAUUUGCCAUGAUUGUUUAAUUGUGCAUUAACAAAAUAAUGUAGAAACGGUGAUGAUAUUUCUUAGCGUUGUGGGUAGUGAGACAGCUUCCAUCCAUAAACCUGAUAUUUGUGACCUCUUUCAGGAAAGGGAACAUGCUUGAAAUGAUUUGUGUAAUUAAAGAAUGUGCUUGAAUUGAUUAAUCAGGGAUGGGAACUAACUUUUUACUAUUGGUUGCCAGCACAGGCAACCAUCUUUAGUAUGUUGGUUGCCCAGCUAAAGAGUAAUAGGCCCAGAUAUAUGUACAUUUCGUGUCAUGUGUACCUACUACAUUCUUUAAAUAAAAGAAUAUAUAAUUACAUAACAUUGCUCACAUGACACACUUUUAAUGCAUUAUGUAUAAUUAUGAGCCUAAAUUUAAUCAUUUCCUAUGCCUUAAUAAUGAAUAUUAUUUAAAUCAUUAUUGAUCCAUGGUCGCCAAUUUGUAAUCAUUUGUCAUUGCACUGAAUUGUUUCAAGCUUAAAAAAAGUAAGUUGCCCAUCCGGACUACCAACUUUUGAAAUUGAGUUGUCUAGGCCAAAAUCUACUUGUCCCGGGCUCAUGGGCAACCACUAAUUUCCAUCCCUGUUCAUAUAAUUAAGGAAAAUGCUUGAACUUGAAUGCAAUUAAGAAACAUAUUUAAAUAUAAUGAAGGAACGUGCUUAAAUUGUUUGAUAUAAUUAAGGAAUCUGCUUGAAUUGUUUGAUAUAAUUAAGGAGCAUGCUUGGAUUGUUACAUAGAAUUAAGGAACGUACUUGAAUUGUUUGAUAUAUUGGUAAAUGAGGAAAUACUUGAAUUGUUUCAUAUAAUUGACGAACGUGAUUGAAUUGUUUGUUUCAUAUAAUUGAGGAACGUGAUUGAAUUGUUUCAUAUAAUUUAUUAAAGAACAUGAAUUAUUUAUUUCAUAUAAUUAAAGAACAAACUUGACUUGUUAAAUAUAAUUUAGGAACAUGAAUAAUUUGUUUCAUAUAGAAUCAAGAAACAUUCUUGAAUUGUUUCAAACUGUUAAGGCAUGUGAUUGAAUAUAAUUAAGAAAUAUGCUUGAAUAUUAUUAAUGAUCAUACAUGAAUUGUUACGCAUAAUAAAGGCACAUGCUUGAAUUGUAACAUAUAAUUGAGGAACAUGCUUGCAAUAUUACAUUUAGUUAAUAUUCUAUGUAGUUUGUGAAGAUAUUUUUAUAAGAUUAACAACAAUGUAAUAGUUAUGUGAUAUUCUUAUAGAUUUAAUUGAAGUUCAGUAUAAGAACUAAAAUGUUUUAUUUUUUAAAUGUUUUUAUAUAGACUAAGUCUACAAUAUGUUUUAUGUUUUUGUUGAUUGUAUGAAAUAAUUAAUUUACAAAUUCUUACAAUUGGUUUGAUUUUUUAAG